AUAUCAAAAGGGCGACUGGAUAACAUUCAUGACACGUAGAAGCAACCCAAGCCAACAUCCUAAUCUAUGGCUUCCAUUCAAUUUCUCAACAUGUAGCAAAUCACCAACAUAGAAUUCUCCAAUUUUGCAUAUAUAAUUGAUAGAGUUUUACCCCUCCUUUAACAAAUAAAAAUAUCUAAAUUCCCCAAACUUAAGACCAACAAUUCAUCAGUAUAACUGAGACCCAAAUCAAACCUCUCCCAAACAGUGACAAUGGCAAAUUCUCUGCUCUCUUCCAACUUCUUGGGUUCUCAAAUCUUUGUCUCUCCUCCAACACCUAAAACCACAAAAAAAUAUUUCCAUUUUCAGUCCAAAAGAAAGUGUAUAGUCAACAAAAAACCCAAUUCAGAUAAUAAUUUCAAGAACAUCCCUUCACAAGCUGCUUUAGCUGCUUUACUCUUUUCUUCAAUCACUCCACAACAGGCUUUGGCUCUUGAUAAUACAACCCCAAUAGCACCACCACAAGUAAUUCAAGCUGAAGCACAAAAACCAACAUCACCCUUUUCUCCAAAUCUAAUCUUGAAUGCUCCAAAGACCCAAACACAGCCUAAUCCUGACAUUCCAGAUGGUUCUCAAUGGAGAUACAGUGAAUUCUUGAAUGCUGUUAAAAAGGGUAAAGUUGAAAGGGUUAGAUUUAGUAAAGAUGGAAGUACCCUUCAACUUACAGCAAUUGAUGGACGUAGAGCUAAUGUAACUGUGCCUAAUGACCCUGAUUUAAUCGACAUUUUAGCUAUGAAUGGUGUUGAUAUUUCAGUUUCUGAAGGUGAAGCUGGUAAUGGGCUGUUUAGUGUUAUUGGGAAUUUGUUGUUUCCAAUUAUUGCUUUCGCUGGGCUGUUCUUUCUUUUCAGGAGGUCUCAGGGCGGGCCUGGAGGGCCCGGUGGGCUGGGCGGGCCGAUGGAUUUCGGCCGGUCCAAGUCCAAGUUUCAGGAAGUUCCUGAAACUGGAGUGACUUUUGCUGAUGUUGCUGGUGCUGAUCAAGCUAAACUGGAGUUACAAGAAGUGGUUGAUUUCUUGAAAAAUCCUGAUAAGUAUACUGCUUUAGGUGCUAAGAUACCAAAAGGGUGUCUUUUGGUAGGUCCACCAGGUACUGGGAAGACCCUUUUGGCUAGAGCAGUAGCUGGUGAGGCUGGUGUACCAUUUUUCUCUUGUGCAGCAUCAGAGUUUGUUGAGUUGUUUGUUGGUGUGGGAGCUUCAAGAGUGAGGGAUUUGUUCGAGAAGGCGAAAUCGAAAGCGCCUUGCAUUGUGUUUAUUGAUGAGAUUGAUGCUGUGGGAAGGCAGAGAGGUGCUGGACUUGGAGGUGGAAAUGAUGAGAGAGAGCAAACUAUUAAUCAGCUCUUGACUGAAAUGGAUGGGUUUUCUGGAAAUUCUGGUGUCAUUGUUUUGGCUGCAACUAACAGGCCUGAUGUUCUUGAUUCUGCAUUGUUGAGACCUGGGAGGUUUGAUCGACAAGUGACUGUUGACAGACCUGAUGUUGCUGGUAGAGUCAGGAUUCUUCAGGUGCAUUCUAGAGGAAAGGCCCUUGCAAAGGAUGUCGACUUUGAUAAGAUUGCCAGGAGAACACCAGGUUUCACUGGUGCAGAUUUGCAAAACUUGAUGAAUGAAGCAGCCAUCCUUGCAGCUAGGCGUGACCUAAAGGAAAUAAGUAAAGAUGAGAUAUCCGAUGCUCUGGAGAGGAUCAUUGCUGGCCCAGAGAAGAAAAAUGCUGUUGUCUCGGAAGAGAAGAAGAAGCUGGUAGCUUAUCAUGAGGCUGGCCAUGCCUUGGUUGGUGCACUUAUGCCCGAGUAUGAUCCUGUUGCAAAGAUAUCCAUAAUUCCUCGGGGCCAAGCCGGUGGUCUCACCUUCUUUGCCCCCAGUGAAGAAAGACUUGAGUCGGGGCUGUACAGCAGGAGCUACCUGGAGAAUCAAAUGGCAGUUGCUCUUGGUGGAAGGGUUGCUGAGGAGGUUAUUUUUGGACAAGACAACGUAACAACCGGGGCAUCUAACGAUUUCAUGCAAGUUUCACGAGUGGCAAGGCAAAUGGUUGAGAGAUUAGGUUUCAGCAAAAAGAUAGGCCAAGUUGCCAUUGGAGGGGGUGGAGGAAACCCUUUCCUAGGUCAAUCGAUGUCAUCCCAGAAAGACUACUCCAUGGCGACAGCCGAUGUGGUUGAUGCUGAAGUAAGGGAAUUGGUUGAAAAAGCAUAUGAAAGAGCUACACAAAUCAUCACAACUCACAUCGACAUCCUACACAAGCUUGCUCAGUUGCUGAUAGAGAAAGAAACUGUUGAUGGUGAAGAGUUCAUGAGCCUUUUCAUUGAUGGCAAGGCCGAGCUAUACAUAUCUUAAUUUCACCAAUGUAAUCUUCACCGCUCUAUUGUAUUAAUUAACAAAUAUACAUACAAAUGUACACAUUGAGAAAUUUAUUUUCAUAUUUUGACAAA